GGUGUAUGACGAUAGGCUUGAUGAAUGCAAGGCCUAUCAUUGAGGGUCUGCGCGAUCGCGCCCACACCGAGCACGUGUACUUCCGCCAGUCGCUCGAGCAGACCAUCCGCAACAGCCAUCCGGCCGACACUCCUGGUGGUUGUGGUAGUCUACGAGCAGCUGCAGACCAAGGUGGUCGAAUGGAACCUGCAGUUCUCGGACCUCGCCCAGGUAUUCAUCCAGCUCGAUGCCCGCUCAGCAGCCGUCAAGCGCACCGGUUCCAACUGAAGGCCAGGUGCCUGAGACUGUCGACGAAAUGCACCAGGACGCCGAGAGUCCGCAGUUUGCAAUGCCGGUUCUGGGCGAGUCGCCGGUGGAAGAAAGCCACAUGGCAGGGCCCUACACAGUGUCGCGCCUGCACCGCCGCCUGUCAAUGCAGAUGAUGCGCCGUGAGCGCGAGCGCCAGGAGCGCCAGAUCGAGCGUGCCCGCAGGAACCUUGUGGAGGCUGCAGGCUUUGGCCGCACCCGGGCGCCCCGGAGCGCCCUGAAAAAUGCACUGCAGAAACCUGAGCCGGAGCGCGCUCACGCUGACGAAAUUGCGCGCACCCCGGCCGAGUUCCCGGAGCUCAAGGACCAGAAGGCCAAACCCAAAGAGGCGCUCAAAGAGACACAGAAAGAGCCGCAGAAAGAGCCGCCAUCGCGCAUCCCUGCAUACCGCGCUCCACCAGCCGCCCGCGCCGCCAACGUCCGCCCGCUCUCGAGCUUCGGCCGCCCGCCGCCCGCCAACAACUCAAGCAUCCCACGGGCCCCCCGCGCCCGCCCGACAUCCCCACCUGGCUCAACUGCUGAUUCGUCCAAGCCCAAUGUGUUUCUGCGGCUGGCGCGGCGGCUGAACCGGGCCAAGGACGUGCAGCCAGCACCAGCGCUCGGCACAAUGCCGCGUAAAAUGAAUCUUCUGCUGCCAGCUGCCGCCCAGUACAUGCAGCAUCCGAGGCGUCCUGCUAUGCCGCAGGUGCAGGUGUUCCGGGCGCGUCCCACUGAUGCACCAAUGCGUCGCCAUUCGCACGUGGAGGAUGAUUUCGUAAUACUGGACCAUGAUGCAGCUGACGAGCAGCCGGCGAGGCGCCGGGCCGCGACGGUUGCUAGGCCGCCGCUUAAUGGUCGGUAUGGGAACGUGCAGCCCUUGAGGCAGCCGGAGCCGCCGGCACGCGCUUCUAGCAUUAUUCCGAGCAUUACACGGAGACUCGGUCUGGGGUUCCCGUUCGGUCAGCGCCCAACCGACAAUCGGUCUACUGCAUCCAUGGAUAUAGGUCGGUCAGAGCGCGCACCGAUCCCUGAGGCCUUCGAAGCAGUUCACGUGUCUAGCAGCUCGUCCUUCGAUUUCGAUUGACUCGAGCUCCGACAGCGACUCAGCCAUCGACGAUCACCUGGACCGCCGCCGCCUGAGCUACCGCUCCACCCACUCAGCUAACCCU